CGAUGCGUGUGUAUACAAGUGAUCGCGUCCUGUUUGUUUUAUGCUUUUGGGCAUUUGCCAUAUAAACACAUCAAGCCGUAGGCCGUCGAUGCCAGCUUUAGGCUGCGGAUCGACCUUCAGGAAACUUACAACACACUGUCCUUAGCAAAAUGACGCGAUACUACCCAAAUGAGCAACGAAUCUGAACCCAUGUGACUUCAAUGCGCUCAUUGAACUCCUCCUCAUUCUAAAUUUCUAAGCUGCUACGACGUCUCUGAACACACUGGCGCAAACUCUAGCUAGCCUUGCAGCCUUUGCCGCUCCGCUACGCAUCGCCCUAUUGCCCUCUACCCGCACCGCACAUCCCCUCGCCGUCUAUGCAUCAAAACCCCUUAACUACAACAGCAUGAACGCCUCUCUUCUUCGCCCGUCCACCCUCGUUCCUACCGCUACGAAUCUUGGGCCGCCGCGAUCGCUGACGCCCCAACACCUGCUGCCCAGCCCCGCUCUGGCCCCGAUCCCUCUCCGCUACCGCCUGGGCCGCCCAGCUGCUCUCCCUCAGCCUCCUCUCCGCCAGCCAUUCGUUACCCUAGCGGCCUGCCCCUCCUCCGCCCGGGGGCCCCUCCUGCCCCCCAGCCGCACUGCACCCUCCUGGCCUGGCCCACCCCUCCAACAGCAGCAGCGCCCCUGGCCACCCGGUGGGAGCGCACCAGCGUCACCGGCAGCAUCACCGCACCGGGGGGCAGCAGCCGGAGACAGCAGCGAGGGGAGUCGCAGCAGCAGCAGCAGGCUCAGCGUCCGUGUGGCCGGUAGGGGCAGCCGCAGCGGCAACAUCAUGAACAGCAGCUGGGGCAGCAGCGGCGGCAGCAGCAGCGACAUGCGCAGUGGCGGUCCCUUCUACGCGGUAGCGGUGGGGUGGCGGACAGGCGUGUUCCGCAGCUGGGGUGAGGCGGAGAAGGCGGUGAGCGGCUUCAGCGGUGCGGUGUACAGGAAAUUCCACACGGAGCGGGAGGCGCGGCAGUACGUGGCCGAGGAGGGGCAGCCGGGGCAGCAGCAGCAGCAGCAGCCCAGCAGGGCCCUGGGAGGGCUGGCAGGCGGAGGCGGAGGAGCAGGAGGGGGCAUUGAUAAGCGGCCGUACUAUGCGGUCGCAAAGGGGCAGCAGGUUGGCAUUCUGCGCAGCUGGGAGGAGACGCAGGCCGUUGUGGAUGGAGUGUCGGGCAGCAUCUACAAGCGCUUCAGCAGCCGCGGGGAGGCUGAGCGCUUCCUGCUAGAGCACGGAGUGCGGCUGGCGGGGGCGGCUGCGGGCGGGGCACCGGGGCGGGGCGCCACCUCCGCUCCCAGUACUACUCCUGCUGCUGGUGGUGGUGGUGGUGGUGCUCCUGGUGGUGCUGCUGCCCCUGGAGGUGGGGUAGCCGUCCCUGCGGGAGCCGUAGCCGCAGCGGAGGAGUCUCCCAGCAGAAGAACUGCGACUGCGGUGGCCGCCACGACGGCGAGGGCGCGCAAGGGCGAGGCCGCCAAGGGCGAGUCCGCUGGGGCGGCUAAGAGGGCAGCAGCAGACGCACCACCAGGAAAGAGAGCACGGCGGGGAGGACAGGAACAGCAGCCUGCAGCGGCUGCAUCACCUCUCGAGGUGGCAGCGCAGCAGCAGCAGCAGCAGCAGCAAGCGGAGGAGCAGGAGGGCAAGAAAGGCAGGAAGCCCAAGCAGCAACCCAAGCAGGCCAAGACGUCCCCGGACAAGGCGCCUAAGAAGGCUACUCAGCGGGGCGAGGCCUCCCAGCUGCUGUGCUUCGGGUCCCUGGGGGGCGCCAUUCAGCCGGAUAUGGUGUACCGCCUG